GAAUGGCGGAGGAACCAGACAUUUGGCAGUAAAACCCGUAGGAAAUAACAGUAGUUAGUCUUCACUUAAUUGCUCUUUCAGUUGACUAGAAGUGCUUUGAUUGAUCUGUCAAGGAUGAAGCCGUGUAAUGAGGUACUUGCGCCGGGAAGGACACUGAGCUUAUAGUUUAGCCGAACAUCGUAGGUUAUGUGCUGUUGUGCUAGCUAACAGGCUAAAAUAAACUAGCCCGGUGAACGUAAAGUUAGUAUUGUCUUUGGAAAAACGAUCAUAUUUUCACUGUUUUGCAAUUGUGCAAGCUGAGUUGACAAUAAUUUGUGUAUGCAUGUUGACAUUUCAAAUAGCUUCAGAAAAACGAGGUCGAUGGUCUUGCGACCUUGCUUGCUCGCAGCCAAGUUGGAGUAACGUAGCUAACGUUAAUGCCAACAUUGCAUUGCCUUGUUGGACCGUGAAGAGAGGAGGCAAGUUUCUUUGACCCGUGGCAUUGAGAUACUCUGAGGGGAUACAUUUACAGACCGUCCCACGACUGGGAUCUGCUUCAAGUUAUUCGUUUUAACUGCCUUUGGCUUCCAUGUGAGGUUAGGAGCUGUACAGUUAAAAUAGGAAAGAAAAAAUAGUGAACCGGUUGUUCCGAACAGUGAGUUUAUGUGUUGUGCAGUUUCUGGACUAUUUUAUUUGAAGACGUGUGUGGCCUAUGCAACGCAACACUUUUAGCAUGGAAGACAAUAUCAAGGACGAGGGCUAGUGUUUGGUCCUGCUGUUGACCAUACUAGAACAUAGCACUAUCGUUACCGUGACUUUCAGGAUGGAGAGGAGGAGUGCAUGGUAGCACGGUAUGCGCAUGUGACGACUCAAGGUAGUCCAUGAAUUCUCUAAAAUCGAGGGUAAUGUUGCAAAUGUGCCCGGGAUUGCUUGUGUGCAACUAUAGCAAUAGAUGUGAUUCAAUUGAAUGCAAUGGCAGUCGGACAGUGCUCCACUGUAAAAUAGCGUAGAAACGAGGUUUAACACGGAUACAAGGUGUGCGGUCAUUGCAUAUGGCUGAGGAUGGCAAACAAGAGAAUUGGCACAGAUCUCUGUUGGAACCUUUAAAGCCGCACGCUUUGCAGCACAAGUUAGGGGAAUGUAUGAAAAUGUAUUCAGUGCGUGUGCAAAAGUGGCAACAACUGUCAAGGGGGUUAAUGACACUGAGCGCAAUUCAGAAAUAUCGACUCAAUGAUGACAGCUCGCAAGACGAGAUGUAAUGCACCCAGAUAACCUUGUGCUUGGUGUCCUUCUGAAACCUGGUUGUCUGUUGCUGUAAACAUCCCCGACUGGAAGCUGUGCGAAAAACAUGUGAGCUUUCAGUUGGAUGUUUGCUUCCACAGGCCUCUUUGUUCGCCUUUUGUUCGGAGAAUUAAAUGUGCAUAGAUUGUUGUGUGUGACUGUGUGUGUUUGACAAUGUUGUCUCACUCUAUGAGGGAUGCUGGUUUUUAUCACCGGACAGCAGCAUGCUUUCACUUUUUUCCCUCUUCGUUUUUGAUCAAUUUUUGUGUGUGUACUGUUCUGUUCAGAGUGUGCCUUUAUGUGUGCACUUGCAACCUUCCAACUGUAGUUAGUGUAAACAUCCUACACUCAGCUGUCAUCACACAGGGCUGGGAGUAGGGUGUUUACGUUGACUGGUUGGAAAGUCUCAUCCGAAGGAGCCCGUGUCUUGUCAUGAUUUGCAAAGUCCCAAAGAGCAUCAUCAUCUAAAGUUGUCGAUCUGAUUGUCAUAUCUUUUCAGUGCAUGUGAUGAUAGCCUGAUGUGAUGAAGAAAAUAAAGAUUUGUAUUUGACUUUAUGAAAUCCCUUUGUGACUGAUAUCUUUAUGAAUUCUAAACGCGCAUUAGCUUGUGUUUUUGACAUGAAACAAGCCUAUCCCAUUGCACAGGAGAGAACAGGACAAGAGCGGCAUGUCUUUCUUCGGAUACAUUACAUAAUGUGUGAGAUAUUGUGGUCAAAUGUCGCUAUCUUUUCAUUGCAAUAUUGUAUGCCAUUAAUAACCUCAAAUCCGAGAGCCACAAGUCAGUUACCUUCCACGGACAGUUUCACCUUGUGAAUAUGCAGUGUUUGUACCUCCUUGCAGGAGAGGGCGCAGUCUUAAAUUUGUCUUGACGUUUGAAUCGGCCCUAUUGGAAAUGAAGGAGAGUCCAUCCGCCAUGUAAACUGCCGCAGAUUCGACAUAAAUCAUGAGCAAAAUAAUUGAUAUUAAGCUAAAUAACAUAAUCAAGAUAUACAUUCAAAGAAAAAUAUGUUGUUUUCAUGUUCAACAAUCUGAUUUGCCGAUUACACCUGAAAAUAAUGAGUGCAUCUAAACGAGGUGUUACAUGCAUGUACAUGUGCAAAAUCUGCAACUUGUUUUCCCCACGCAAGAAAGAUCUCCUCUCACAUGCAACUGACAUCCACAACUCUGAGGGUAUUAACCCAGAUGAUGUCAUUAUCCCCAUCAAACCUUUACCUAGACCACGGCCAAAACCAUCCAGUGAUGCCCCCAAAAAGAAAAGGGGAAGACCUAAGGAUGCUACAGCAACAGCCUUUGCGAGUAUUGAAGUGGUCGUUCCCUCUGAUGGAGAGAGACAAAUGGAACAGCAGAACCCUGGGGCUGACAUGAAAGGGGGAUGUCCAGAGGAUGACUCACUGGAAUGCAAGAAGUGCAAUCGCAAAUUCAGCAACAAGCGUCAGAUUUCCAAACAUAUUUGCUAUGUAGAGUCAAAAGAAGACAACGACAAUGAUCCCCCCUAUUCAGAAGGGCCCCCCGUUGAAACAGAUUCUGAGGAGGCUAGUGAGAAAGCAAACACGUCGCAGACCCCAAAGCGGGCACGGACUCAGAUAAUGCAAAAAGAGCCUGGGAGAGAGUCAGAGGCGGCAACGGGACCCCUAAACCCCAUCGUUAGUGUGCUUCUGGCAGCUCAUGAGGCCAUCCCAGAUGCUACAAAGAUUGUGCCAAUUGAGGCUUCCCCUGCGGAUGUGGGGUCUGCAGAUGCAGAUCCCACGACACAAGACACGAGCCCGAAGAAGGGCUUCCAGGAGUAUGCCAUCCAGCAGGCAGCCUAUGAAGUGCCACUUAAAGCCAACAGAGUUGGAUCAACUCAACUCAAGAUUUUCACCUGUGAAUACUGCAACAAGGUCUUCAAGUUUAAACACUCCCUGCAGGCCCACCUUCGAAUUCACACCAAAGAGAAGCCAUUCAAGUGCCCGCAGUGUGACUAUGCCAGUGCCAUCAAAGCUAACCUCAACGUCCACAUGCGCAAGCACACAGGCGAGAAAUUCAGCUGUGAGCACUGCUCCUUUACCUGCCUGAGCAAGGGACACCUCAAGGUGCACGUGGAAAGGGUCCAUGAGAAGAUCAAGCGUCACUGCCGUUUCUGCAAAAAGAAGUACUCAGACAUCAAAAACCUCCUGAAACACAUACGCGAGGCGCACGACAUGGAAGACAGGAAAGUGAAGAGCAUUUACGACGAGUAUCGUCUGCAAACGAGGGAGGGCAAGAGGCAGCUCCUCUACGACUGCAACAUUUGCGAGCGCAAGUUCAAGAACGAGCUCAUCCGGGAUCGCCACAUGUUGAUCCACGCCGUCACCAAACCUUUUGGCUGCGAGCUCUGUGACCACGGCUCCACCAAGCUGCAGGGCCUUCAGGUCCACAUUCGCAAGCAUCCUUUUAUCUACGGUUGUGCCAUCUGUCCACAGAAGUUAGUCAGUACCGCGCAGCUCAAGAAGCACCUCGCGGAGAGCCAUCCCGACAUGGAGGUGUCCGACGUCUUCCCCAAAUGCAUCCAGAAUAGCUUCUGCCUUCUGAAGCCAGGGGACGACAUCCAGCAUCAGAUGCUGAGACAGGAUGAUCUGCAGAUCACUGAGGAACUCUCUCUUCUCAACGUCCCCAGUGAGGCCCUCCUUCCAGAGGCACAAGAGGCACAGGCCCAUGGAAAGGGAGGUGGCUCUUGUGAACAGGAAGCGGUCAUAACCCUGGAAAUAAUGGAUAAGGAAACCUUGCCAAAGGAGCUGGAAGGUCAGACUGUGGCAAACAGUGUUAAUGCCUCCACUGAUGUUCUACCUGCACCUUUGGAGAGCAGCUUGGGAACCAAUGAGGAGGUGCCCUGUGGCAGUCAGUCAUCGCAGGGUGGAGAUGGUGAGGCCUCCUCAAAGGAGACUUCCCCGUACGAGUCCUCACAAGGGAACAAUGAGAAGCUGGACUGGGGAGUCAACGUGGAGAUGACGCCGUUCAAACAAAUCAUAGAUCAAAUGCAGAAGAAACGUCUGAGCAUGGAGUUGUUUAAGAGAAUCAAGAAAGUGUACGGUGAAUUGGAGUGUGAAUACUGUGGAAAGCUGUAUUGGUACCAGGUGCACUACGACACACACGUGCGAACGCACACACGGGAGUAUCUGCAUUACUGUACCGAGUGCACAUAUUCCUCCAUCACCAAAACUGGUCUGAAGCGCCAUAUCGUUCAGAAACACAGCAACGUCUUACUGAAGUGCCCGGAGGAGGGCUGUGAGUUUGUCACCCCUGACAAGUACAAAUUAAAUGCUCAUUGCGUCACCCAUUCAGAAAAGGACAAAGAAGUUGUCACUUGCCCAUUCUGUGAAAAAACUGUAGCUGAAGAGAAAAUGAAGCAGCAUCUCCAAAGCUCUCAUCCAGAUAUAGCCUUGGACUCCACACUGGAGGCAUUGGGCAUUACAACUGUGGCACAGAAGUGGGGCAAGAAGACCGCAAAAUGCCCUUACUGUGACCGCUACUUCAAGAGGGUUGGCGCCGACCUGCAACGUCAUAUAUGGACCCACGAGGGUGUGAAGCCAUUCAAAUGUUCAGUCUGUGACUUUGCUGCACGGACCAAAAGCAACCUGACGGCACAUAUGAACCGGCACAGCACAGAGAAGACCCAUUUGUGUGACCUAUGUGGGAAGAAGUUCAAGUCAAAGUGCAGUCUUAAAGCACACAAGCUUCUUCACACAACCGAAGUUGGAAAAAAGUUUAAAUGUACAGAAUGCGACUACAUGACAGUCCAGAAACCCCAGCUGGUGCGGCAUAUGGAGCAGCAUGCGCCGUUCAAGCCCUUCAAGUGUGCCCAUUGCCAUUACUCGUGCAACAUGGCUGGCUCUCUGAAGCGGCACUACCACAAAAAGCACCCCAACGAGGAGUACUCCAACGCAGGCUCUGGAACGACCUCGGACUCUGUGGCGGAACAAGGAGGACAUAAGUGUCCUGUGUGCAACUAUGCUUACGGGACUAAGUGGGAGAUGAACAGGCACCUUAAAAUCAAACAUCGGCUCAAGGUGGUGGAGAGCGACGGCCUUGAGCUGGACCAGUGGGUGGACCAGGUGGUGGAAUCCUUGGAGGAGGAGGAAGAGUCCACGCAGUUCCUCCACAUAGCUGAAGCUGAAGACUCCCAGGCUACAGAGGAAGCAGUGACCACCCUGCAAGACCUUCACUUCACCACUGAGAAUGGUGUUGUAUCGGCUACCUCAACAGACGAACUAGACCCUGCAGCAGUGAAUAUUCUGCAGCAGAUUAUCGAACUUGGGUCUGAAAACACAGAUGGCACUGUUGCUUCAGUUGUGGCUAUGGCACCAGGAACAGUUACAGUGUUAGAACAGGUGGCUGAGGAGGAGCAGCAGUCUGACCAUGCGAUGAUCAUCCAGGACGCACUGCAGCAGGCCUCGGUGGAGAUGGGAGAAGAGCACCACCUAGUGGUGUCCUCUGACGACGUGGAGGGCAUCAAGACAGUGACCGUCUACACUCAGGGAGAAGAGGCCUCACAGUACAUUGUUUACGUACAGACUGACGAACAAAUGACAGAGGCUCUGUAGAUGCACAAACAUCAUCUAAAGUGGGUCCUCUUUUACUAGACUGGCACUGUACAGAGAAUAGGUACUUGUAAAGAAGUGCACAUUUGUAUAGCUUUCUCAUCUUACUGUAAGGAUUACACAUAAUGUGAAGCAAAAUUAGUCAGAAGCUGAAUCCUUUGGGGUCACAUUUUAGCUCAUGUGUAUAUUGUCUCAGAUUGUACAUUCGCCUUUUUUAACAUGAACUUUGUAAAUAAACCGAGCUUAUUUAUA